UCUUUCUCUGUCUCUUACACAUACCCAUGCUCUGAGAUUCUAGUCCACUGUGGUUUUCCAACCUUGGAACUCCCUCAAAACAAGCAGAUUAUGUCAAAUCUGGGGUUUAUCUCCUCUAAGAAGAAUGAACCUUCAGCAAUUCAGGACUAGAUCUAAUUGAUAUUGCAAAGGAAAUCCAUGGAUAUCUGUUUUGUUGCGGCAUCAGAGCAACAUAGAGGCUCAAGUAUGUACUAUCAACCAUUGCAACAAAUUGAAGCCUACAGCUUGCCGCAGUAUCGAACUCUAAACCAUCAGCUAUACUACAACAAUGAAGGCCAUGGAACCCACUUCUCCACUCCAAGUUCUUCUGAAUUUUACUGCACAUUGGAGUCAUCCUCUGCAACUGGCAGUUUCACUGUUUACAACUCCCCUUCAACUGUUAGUUUCUCACCCAAUGGUAGCCCAAUAUCGCAGCAAGAUUCUCAGUCAUAUCCACCUGACCAGGAUCAUUCCCCUGAUAAUAACUAUGGCUCUCCAAUGAGCGGGUCCUGCAUAACCGAUGAUGUAAGUAACUUCAAGCACAAGCUGAGAGAGUUGGAAAGUGUAAUGUUUGGCCCCGACUCUGAUAAUCUUGAUAGUUAUGACAGUGCCAUCAGCAAUGGAACCAACUUUGUGCCACCUGAGAUGGAUUGUUGGAGACAAACAAUGAUAGCAAUUUCUAGUAAAAACCUAAAGCACAUCCUUAUUGCAUGUGCUAAAGCAAUUGCAGACAAUGAUUUGCUAAUGGCACAAUGGCUGAUGGACGAAUUACGGCAGAUGGUGUCAGUUUCUGGUGAACCAAUUCAAAGAUUGGGAGCAUACAUGUUGGAAGGACUUGUUGCGCGAUUGGCUGCCUCUGGGAGUUCAAUCUACAAAUCUUUAAGAUGCAAAGAACCAGAAAGUGCUGAGCUUCUCUCAUACAUGCAUAUACUUUAUGAGGUUUGCCCCUACUUCAAAUUUGGAUACAUGUCAGCAAAUGGAGCAAUUGCAGAAGCUAUGAAAGCUGAAGACAGAGUUCAUAUAAUUGAUUUCCAAAUUGCUCAAGGAAGCCAGUGGAUCACUUUAAUUCAGGCUUUUGCGGCAAGGCCCGGAGGACCACCGCACAUUCGGAUUACUGGUAUUGAUGAUUCAACAUCAGCUUAUGCCCGUGGUGGUGGACUGCAUAUAGUGGGAAAGAGGUUAUCAAAGCUUGCUGAGCAUUUUAAGGUGCCAUUUGAAUUUCAUGCUGCAGCUGUCUCUGGUUGUGAUAUUCAACUACAUAACCUUGGAGUUCGACCAGGGGAAGCUCUGGCUGUAAAUUUUGCAUUCAUGCUACAUCACAUGCCUGAUGAAAGUGUCAGCACUCAGAAUCAUAGGGAUAGACUGUUGAGGUUGGUAAAGAGCCUAUCACCAAAGGUGGUGACACUUGUUGAGCAAGAAUCUAACACGAACACUGCUGCAUUCUUUCCACGUUUCCUUGAAACUCUGAACUAUUACACAGCAAUGUUUGAGUCAAUAGAUGUAACUCUUCCCAGAGAUCAUAAAGAGCGAAUCAAUGUUGAGCAGCAUUGCUUGGCAAGAGAUAUAGUUAACAUCAUAGCUUGUGAAGGGGUUGAGAGGGUGGAGCGACAUGAGCUGCUUGGGAAGUGGAAGUCAAGAUUUGCAAUGGCUGGUUUCACUCCUUACCCUUUGAGUUCAUUGGUGAAUGUUACUAUUAAGAAAUUGCUUGAGAACUACAGUGAUAGAUAUAGACUUGAAGAGAAAGAUGGAGCUCUAUAUCUUGGUUGGAUGAAUAGAGAUUUGGUUGCUUCUUGCGCAUGGAGAUGAGAACUGGGCAUUGUGUGACUCCUGAAAGUUCGAGGGGGGAUGAAACAGAACCUUUCCUUGUUCUUAUUUUGUUCCAUUGCUUUGUAUGAGUUACUGAGAAAGGCCACAUUAAAUCCAAUCUAAUUGUCUUUUUCUGUGUUUCAAGAAUUUUAAUAGGAAAUGUAGCUAGCAGUUUUUCUUUAUGAGCAAUAUUAAUCUUUCAUUUCAUAAUCUUUU